GAAACAGUUAUGAACGUGAGAGAGGUGACUUUGAUCGGAGAGGUGUCAGUAUUUCCAUCCAUUGACGUUUCUGUUUAGGAUGUGACCGUUACUGAUUCUAUAGCCAUGCAGUCAGUGCUGGGCUCCCAACAUCAAAAAUCUGGUACAUCUGCACCAUGUGCCCUUUGGCCAGUGGACCUCAAGUUAACUCACUUGGACUGGAACCCUGAAGCAACCUUGAUACACUUCCAGGGACAGUACCUUACCAUAUGUGAUCUUGACUAUAUCAUCUUGCAAGGGGAAAUACAGAACAUACCAAAGAUUAAAGCUGCAGUGGAUAUCGGAGAGUUUUGCCUUGUGGAAGAUGUGGUUUCAGGCCGCUGGUACAGAGGAAGAGUUCAGAACCGGAAAAAAGACUUGUUUGAUGUUUUCCUCAUAGAUCACGGUAACGUUUUGAGUGUCAACAUCGCCCACAUAUCUUCCUGUUCGAACGACCUGUUCAUCCUGCCUCCCAAGAUAGUUUGCGGCUUUCUUGCAAAUGUUCUGCUUCUUCAUGGUUGUUCUAAUUCUGUAGUGGAGAGGUAUUUUUCAAACCUGAUCAGAAGAAAUGUCACAGGCUACAUCCAAGCCCUCUUGCCCCACAAAGUGCUCUUGUUGGAAGCCCCUGACAUUAACAUUGACCUCGUUAAACACGGGUUUGGGAGGCAUGUGGACACAGAUACUUUCCUCCUCUUGGUUGGGAUGCUCACAGAGGUGCCGCUCAAACAAAACAUGGAGCCAGUUCCUGACUUACUCCUUGAAAAGCCAUGGGGGCAAGAAUUUAGCUUCAAACCGUCAGAUUUGCAGGGUUACAAAGACAUUCUGGCACUCUGUGGGCCUAGAUUGAGUUGUGGGACACAUGCUAAAGUGUGUGUAACUGCUGCUGUUAACCCUGGGCUUUUUUACUGUCAGAAGACAAGUAUGGAAACGGAUCUUUGGGAAAUGUCAAAGAAGCUCGCUGCAGUUAAUGAGUGCCGAACCAAAGAAUGCAACCAGAAAACUGCAGAAAACCUGAGUUUACUGUGCUCAGUCAAAGGCAGAGAUGGGAAAUGGUACAGAGGCUAUGUGCAGUUUCUCCCAGUCAACUCUCAACUUCGAGUUUUGUUCAUUGACUACGGCUUCUAUGAAUCUGUCAAAGUUGAGAACGUCCACAGGUUGCCACCUGACUUAUUUUCAACUACAGUCAUGGCGUUCCCAUGCUCGCUUUCCUCGUUGAGUGAUCAGGAUGAGUUGGUCAAAACUAAGCAGUUGAAUUUUCUCAAGGCAGGCUUGCUUGGAAGAGUGUUAGAUGUGGAGAUCAGAGGUUUUGACGAAGAACAGCACCUUUACUCUAUCACAGUAUUAGGUGCUGAAGAUAAUAGUGUGAAGGAACUAACGCCCAUUCAAGAGCUUCCUAGCAUGAAGGUUGAGUCAGUUUUUGAGGAAGAAUUGUCAACUAAGUGUGGCCAUUUAAGCUAUGAGACAAUCAUGGGCAACGCAGUGCGUAAAACUCUGGAAGCAGAAGGGGUCCAUGUUAACUCUGUCUUUGUGGGCUACGUCGAGCAUGUCCAGAAUCCAAGCUACUUCUGGAUCAGAACACAAAAACGUAAUGAUGAGUUUGAAGAAAUGAUGACGAAAAUGGCAGAUAACUUCAGUCAAGUGAAGCUGGAUGAAGAUGUGCUGUUGAAACCUGAGCUUGGGACCCUGUGCUGUGCAGUGUAUGAGGAAGACAUGCAUUUCUACAGGGGUGUAGUAACAGACAGUCUUGAGCAUGGAUCUGAAGUUCUGUUUAUUGAUUUUGGAAACAUUGAGAAAGUGCCACACAUGUUGAUCAAGAAGAUACCUGAGACAUUUGCCAACAAACCAGCAUUUGCCUUCUGUUGCACUCUUGUUAAUGUUUUUCCUUUGGAUGAAGUCUGGACCAGCGCCACCACUGACUUUUUCAGACGAGCUGUUUCAAACAAAGCCCUGCUCGUCCAUGUGGUCAAAAUGGGGAAAAACAAAUUUGUUGUUGAUCUCCAUGACAUGGAAAGUGACAACAAUCAAAGUAUCACUGAGCUCCUGAUCACUUCCAAUCAAGCUGAAUACUGGAAGAACAUUUCCAUAGGGCCCGUGGUACAAAACAACACAGAUUUGACAGAAAAAACAAGGUGCCCAAGAUAUGGUGUGACAUCAGACAUCAAUGGGAAUACAGAGCAACUGAAUGAUUGUGAGAAGGAAGAAAAAACAUGCAAAAUUCGAACUGAGAAGGCCCAAGCACCUGCUGGCUUCAAAGCAUUAAGCAUCAAACCAGGGUGUAAUUUUGCAGUAGUAUGCUCAUGCAUCAAGUCUCCAUCAGAUAUCUGGUGCCAGCGUCUAGAUAAACUUCCAGCUUUGGAGGAACUGAUGGAUAAAGUCCAUCAAUAUUACUCAACUCACACAGUUCCCCUUCAAUCAGGGGAUCCAUGCUGUGUCGCCAAGUCACCUCAAGAUGGAAGAUGGUACAGGGCCUUCAUUACAGAGAAACAGAAAAGUUAUGCCAAAGUGAUGAUGGUUGACUAUGGCUUUACCAUCCAAAUCGAUGAGCACAAUCUUCAGGCAAUAAUGCCAGAAUAUGUUUAUUUGGAUAGACAAGCUUUCAGGUGCAGCCUUAACAACCUGAUGGAACCUGCUGACCCCAAGUACAGUGGGGAUUGGGGUCUGGAGGUGUGUAAGUCGCUGAAAUAUUUAGUCCUCAAUAGCACCAGUUGUCUAAGAUGUGAAGUUGUCUCACAGUUGAAUGUGAAAAACAAAGGGCUCUGCAAUGUCGUUGAACUCUACAACACCGAAACCCAACAGAGCCUAACAAAUUUGCUCUUGGAACAGGGCCUGCCAAGAGUAGCGCCAAUCUCAGCAAAGCAACUGUCAACAGUGAUUCCUCAGUCUUUUGUGUACUCUUCACAUGAAUUAAAGCCUGGAAAUGAGGAACAAGUCUACAUCACUCACAUAAGCAGUCAGUGGGAGAUCUACUGCCACCUUGAGAGAAACACUGAAAUCAUUGAAGAGCUCGAAAAAAAAAUCUCAGAGGAGAGUGAGAAAAUGAUGCAAGGCAGUACGAGAGCAGUUGUGAGGAAGCUGUCCCUGGCAAAAUACUUUGAUGGCCAAUGGUACAGGUGCUUGGCAUAUCCUGUUCAGUCCCCUCUGCAUCUUGGUGUGUUUUUUGUGGAUUAUGGCAACACAAACAUACCUGAGAAGACCAAUGUCAUGUUUGUCCCCAGAGACUCUACUGAUUUGUUGUACACACCCAUGCAGGCUGUGAAAUGCCACCUUGCUUCAGUGUCCACGGAAGAGCUCUAUGCAGAUGUGAAAGAAUGGCUUGAUGGUGCAAUCCUCAACAAGCAAGUGAGAGCCGUCAUAGUUGGAAAGAGCGCCGAUGGUUCGUUUGAUGUUGAGCUGUUUGAUGGAGAUGUUAACAUCAAUGAGAAGGUAAAGGAGCUCGUUCUCAGUCUUUCACCAAAACCAAAGACAAUUGUGAGUUUUGACAUGAGCAGCACAAAGACAAAGCCUAAAACUCUCCGUACAGGACACACAAAGCCUUCAGUUGAGUGCCAGAGGCAAUGUAAACUGCAGUCUUCAAAGUCCCGUACAUUGAACGCACCCAGAUGCACUCAAGUUGCGAGUGCACCCAGCAAAAAGAAAAAAAACUCAAAAAAAGAUGUUCAUGAUGAACAACCUCAACAUAGAGAGGAAACUGAGAUCACUCAGCUCUUGUUUUUACCGGACAUGAAAGUGAGCGCAGGUUUCAGGGCAAAGUGUUUUGUCUCCCACAUAAACUCAGUCAACAGUUUUUUCCUUCAACUGUCAGAGGAUGAACCUGCCAUAUUGAAAUUGGGAGAAAAUCUCAACUCGAGUAUCUUCAGAGAUUCCUUGAAGACUGCUUCAUCCUUGAGAGUAAAUGACCUUGUUCUGGCUGAGUAUGAGGAAGAUGGCGCUCUGUAUCGUUGUGUUGUGAAGGACUGUGAAGGAAGUUCCCGUUUCAAAGUUGAGUUUGUGGACUAUGGAAACUCAGCAGUCAUGGGCAUGGAAAAGAUCUACUCCAUACCAAAGGAGUGUCUCUCUCAUCCAAGAUUCAGCAUAUCAUGCUCACUGUUGGACACAAGCAUGUUCAAAAGUGAUGUUUCUUUCACCGAUGCUGUAAUGGAGAAGCCCCUCAUGGUUGAUUUUGUCCGUCAUGACGUUCAUUGGGAAGUCAAGGUUGAGAUUCUUGAUGGAGAUGCUUGUGUUCCAGCAGCACUGGAAGCAGCUGUUGAAAGUAGCACUGAAAGAGAAAAGGGAGAGAAGUCUCCAGUGGACUCAUUUGAAAUAGAAGAGAAAGUGAGAUCCUGUGAGCAGAACUUCCUGCCAAAGGAAGUGAGUAAGAAAAAAACAGCUGAGUCCGAAGGAACUACUGUUGAUGAUGAAAACUUCAUGCUGAAAGCAACACCUGCCACACUGUCACCUAAACCAGAAGAACAUAGAAGAGCACCCUCCAUAAACAAAGGAGAUUCUAAGGAGAAUCCAAGAAUAAUCACAAAAUCGAAAGUGGAAAGUGAUUGUGCAGAUGCAAUUGUACCUCCGUCUAUUCAGGCCAAAGACACAGAGACUAGUACAGUUCUGUCGGUCCUGAGUAACAGCAAUUUUUACACCAGGCUAAACAGGACGAGUGAACUGCUUACUGCAUUGGAAAGGCUUAUUGCUGACAACCUAUACAAGUGCAAGAUGGUGGCAGAAGAGGAUGUCAAGCAAGGCCUCAAAUGCUUAGUUCAGGUGGACAAGCAGUGGCAUAGGGCUGUUGUUCAAGAUGUAGGCUUGAAAACAUGCCAGGUCCUCCUCGUGGAUCAUGGAAUAACUGAAACAAUUCCAAGUGGCUUAAUCCGAGGACAGUGUAGCGAGCUGACAAAAAUCCCGCCCCUUGCAGUUUUGUGCAAGGUGAACUGCCUUGGGUCCAGUGAGGGAGAGGGUACUCCCGAAUUGUGGUGUGAAACACUCAAACCAUUAAUUGGCAAAGAAGUCAAACUGGUGUUUGUGUGUUAUUCAGUAGGUGAAAAACUAUGGAAGGUUGAAAUAGUCAUGAAUGGACUGUUCCUUCUUCGUCAAAUCACAACCUUGCUGCAGCAAAAUGAAGAAAUGGUCCCAUCAACAGCCGAAACCCAAGAUGAGAAAGCGGAAGGAGAAUUCAACUUGGACACAAGCCCUCCUCAGCAACUCGUCUUUGCUCCUAUUGAGAUAGAUCAAAUGUAUUCCGGGCUUGCUGCGGCAGUGACAACUCCUUUCAAGUUUUGCAUCGUUCUGGACGACUUACUUCUUCUCAUGAACAAAAUGUCCUUGAUAUUGGACGACCUCCCUGAGCAGUUGUCUCCUCUUCCUGAAGCCCACCUCGUCCCUGGCACCUGCUGCCUGUUUAAAUCAGACACUAAGAAUAAGUGGUGCCGGGCUGAAAUCGCAGACGCAGACACCACAGCGGUCCUAAACCUGGUGGAUUACGGCCAUUACGAAUGCAUCCCGUACAAAGACUGCUCCAAGCUGAAGAGGUUUCCUGAAGAAAUAACCAACCUCCCAAAGGUGACGUACCCUUGCAUUCUGAGAGGGGUGAAGCCUGUUGGAGUGGAUGGACAGUGGACCGAUGGAGCAGCAGUCUUCUUCCAGGAGUGUUUGUACCAGAAGAACCUCCAGAUCUUCUUCAGAGAGUUUGUAUCAAACACACACUUGAAGGUGGACGUUCUGGCAGAUGGCGUCCAUGUUGCCAAGGAGCUGGUGGAUGCUGGACAUGCCGAUUACAUGGACAUCAUGCUAGGUCUGAGGUUCCAGGAACAGAGCCCCUGUAGAGCAGCUCCUCAAUGCCCCGACAGUGAGGAAGAGUGUGGCCAGGAAGAUGAAGGCUUCAACGGGAAGACAGAUCUCUUUGUUGACUCUACUGAUGAAGCAGAAGGGGAGAUACCACUCAGCGUUGUGUCUGAAUCUAGUCAAUGUUUUCUGAUGUGAAGCAGUCUGGUUGGAAGUUGUCACUAAAAUGAGAAGGGACUUCAAAGCAAUUCCCAUUCGCUCUACUUAAUAUUAAUCCAAGUGAGAUAAUACUUGUUGGCUAAACGUUGAGCCUCAGCACUUUAUGACAAUUUGCCUUACUAUGUAAUUAUUUAAACCUAUUUAUGGUGAAACUGAUUUAUUUAGUUUUUGUUGACUUAGUUUGAGUUCCUUCAAAGAUCUGCAAGUCAGCAGCACCAUGAUCCUUGAAAGCAAAAUAAACAAGUUAGUGAACAGUUUUAUUAAGAUAUAAGGUGUAUUCCUCAUGCAGGGAUUUAACAUUACUAAUGUUGAUAUGGUCAGUUCAUUUUUUGUCUCUACUCUAAACUGUUCAUGGUUUUUAUGGUUUACAAAGACAUGAAGUUGGACAGUCAGAACUGCAAUUUAUGUUUUGGCAAGGUGAACUAAGUAUAAAG